GUGAGUUUUUGGUGCAAAUAUAAAUAGCAACAAAACUUGCUAAUCAUGUCAUAGAAUUUUGAGGACAAAAUAUAUAUUAGUUUUGAAUAUUAAGAAUAUUUAUAAAAAAAAAUAAAUGAGAAGGUGGGGAAUUAUUGAAGAAGAAUGGAGAAAAGGUCCUUGGACAGUUGAAGAAGAUAAAUUGCUCAUUGAUUAUGUAAAUUUGCAUGGUGAAGGCAGAUGGAAUUGUGUUGCUAGGCUUGCUGGAUUGAAAAGAAAUGAAAAAAGUUGUAGAUUGAGAUGGGUGAAUUACUUAAGGCCAGACCUUAAAAGGGGGCAAAUUACUCCAUAUGAAGAAAGGAUUAUUCUUGAACUUCAUGCUAUAUGGGGGAAUAGAUGGUCAACAAUUGCUAGAAACUUGCCAGGGAGAACUGACAACGAAAUUAAGAAUUAUUGGAGGACUCAUUUCAAAAAGAAGGUCAAGAAAACAAGUAUUGAUAAUUCUGAAAAAAUAAAAAUCUGUCUUUUAAAAAGACAUCAGUUUCAACAGCAACAACUAUCGAACAAUCAAAUCGACGUGAAAAAGAUGGUGUCACUGUUCGAGGAAAAUGAGAAUAAAGUUGUAAGUCAUGAGCAAGAUCAACAAGGUGGUUUCUUUUGUUCUAUGAUCAAUGGAUAUGCUAAUUAUGUGCAAGUGCCUGAGGCCUCCUCUAAUGAAGACAUCACGUGGGAUGUUGGCUUGUGGAAUUUGGACGAUUAUAAUGUCAAUCUUUAAUCAGAGUUUCGAGUUUUAUGAAAUAACUGAACUCUUGAUAGACAAUUUUUUUUAUCUAUUUCAGUUAGCUCUAUAAACAUAAAUUUAAAUUUAUCGAACUUUUAAUAAAUUUUGUGAUGUAACUAUUAUCAAGUCAAUAUCUUAUUAAUGAAAUUUUGACAAUAUCAA